AUGGAUUGGAUGUAUGAGAAAUAUUUACGAAAUGAAGAAUUAAAACAAAAAUUAAUAAACAUGAGAUCAUAUGGUCGACUAGCAUGUGUCACGUGUCUACCACCACAAUAUCCAGUUCGACCAAUAGCUGAACAUUCACUUGAAUCUGUUGGUGGUUUUAGCCAACACCCAAACUCCUCAAAAGACAUGACAAUUGAAUUGUCUGUCGAUAUUGACAAAACAGUCCAUCAACUCAUAUCAUUGUUGGAAAAAGCAUCGACAUUUCAAGAUAAAUGGUACGAAUCUGCUAUAUUGAAGCAAAUGAUCACAAGAUAUUAUCGAUUCAUGCAAUUAAAAGCUAUCUAUUUACCGAAUACACUACUCAUUCCUACACUUGAUAUUGAAAUCAUUUGGCAAACACAUUUACUUCGACCAGAAAUAUAUAGAGCUGAUUGUCUUCGUUUAUUUCGUCAAGUUGUCGAUCAUUCAUUGCUGACUACAGAUAUUCAACAGUUCUUAAAAGAGCAAGCAUUUAUUGAUACGUGUCGUUUUUAUGAAGAACGAUUUGGUGAAAAAUAUUGUCGAUUACCAUCAAAUAAAAAUCACCGGAAACCAAUCCCGGACAACGUAUUUGAUGAAGAAGAUUUAAUAAAUGACUCCCAAGACGUCUAUUCGUAUUGGGAUAAAACAUUUUUCGAAUUUUCAUCGAACUCACCAAAACAAUAUGAAAAUCCUUUUUCAUUUACGGAAGCUGAAAUUAUUCUCGAUAGUCGUUGGCUUGAUUUAUGUAAAACAUUUAUGCAUGAUUCACUGCAACGAGUUCCUAUUCGUGGCUAUUAUGGAAGAUCACGCGACUAUAUUGAUCUUGGAACUGGAGCUAUGAAGCGUUUAAAAAAAUCUUACGAACGAUUUUUAUAUAUGGCAGCGAAAUAUCCACUGAAAGAUAGUAGCGAUUUUGUACCACCGACAUAUGCGAUAGACAUCAUAUGGCAUGCACAUAUGCAAGAACCAUUGAAAUAUACAGCUGAUUGCCUUCGACUGGUUGGUUAUAUUAUGUUUCAUGCACCAUGGCCGAUUAUUGAGGACAAGAAAAUAAAGAAAAAGAGCGACAGAACGGAUAACAUUUGGAAAGAAGAAUUUCAAAGUGAAAUAUCAACGGAUCAUCUCUAUAAUACUAUUGAGGAAAUACUUGAUUGGAAAUUUGAGACAUUUUACGUAAAUCAAUGUGCUUAA